CGGCGCUUUAGCUCAGCAGAGACACACUAUAGAGACACGGAGUGUGAUGUGAGACACAUUUUUAAUGACCACAAAUAUUCUCUCAUGGACGCUACAGGAUUAAUACGCACUGCAACACUGCUCUGGAUACAUAUUUGUCCUAGAAUACCGACAUUUUUCUCUGUUUUUGUAACCUAUUUGUUCUUCUCAUCAGGUUAACGGACAGAGGAAGUUUCCUCACAGGAGGAUUUGUGUGAGGAGAAGCGUCGCGCGCAUCACUCGAGCGUGUUUACUCUCUCCGACAUUUUCCAGAAAAUUCGAAGAACAUUUCGUAUAUUUUUUUAUUUUUAUUUUUUAUGAGUAAGGAAUCUUGUAAGUGUUUUUUAAACGAGCGUGUCGGACCUUCAGCAGGUUCAGUAGCUCUGUGGUGUGUGUGUGUGUGUGUGUGUGUGUGCUGCUGAAGUAGUUCACAUCUCCUAGAGAGAAACUCAGAUUAAUGGAGGGAUUAAAUAAAGCCGGAUAUCUUUACAGUCCGUGAGAACAAAUCUGGAAGUUUGUUUGUUUGGUUGUUUUUUUUCUUUCCCCCUCGGAGAAUAUUGCUGAAGGAGCUGUGUGGAAAAUCAUGAACAGCGUCACGGAGCUUGAAGAAGGACCGCAGCACAAGGCUCAGAGGAGGAGUUGUAGUUACCUCCUGUGCACCAUCCUGCUCUUCAUUGCCGUGCUACUGGCUCUCACGGUAACAGGCACCAUCCUCUUAAUGAACCAUUCCCACGCACCCUCAGGCCCCGAUGCUCCACCCCUCAUCACUACCAAUCAAGACGAAGGUAACGCCCUGGUGACAGUAGAGAGGGGUGAUGGCUCCCGCAUUAACAUCUUCAUCGAGCCCAACUGCCCCGACUACAACAGCAACUUCCUGCGACUGGAAGGGGUCCAGACGUCACUGCUGCACUCACUCAGUCACCAUGACACAGACCUGAAGUCAGUGAAGGGGCAAGAGCGAGGUCUUCUGGUCCAACUGGCCGAGGAGAUCGCUAAGCUUUCGGCCCACGUUAACCAGCUGAAGAUGGAGUACAGUGCGCUGAGGCAGGGCCAGAGCAGCAUCAGCCAGGAGAUCAGCAUGCUGCAGACUGAGCAGGCCAGGCUCAUCCAGCUGAUGUCAGAGACUCAGACCAACAUCAUGAAGGUUGUGAACUCUCUUCGUGACAUGCUUGACUCUGUGCAUAAGGACGCUGGCAGCGAGAGGGGGCUCCUAAAAGCGGAUCUGCUCCAGAGGGCUCCAGAGCGCAGCGGCGUCAGGCCCAGAGGCUGCGCCAGAGGAGACGGCUCCCAACCGAGAGACUGCAGUGAUAUCUAUGCCAGUGGACAGCGGGAAGACGGGAUCUAUUCUGUGUUUCCUAUUCACUUCCCAUCAGGCUUUCAGGUGUACUGUGACAUGAGCACUGACGGAGGUGGCUGGACGGUGUUUCAGCGCAGAGAGGAUGGUUCUGUAAAUUUCUUCAGGGACUGGGCCGCGUAUCGAGAGGGCUUCGGGAAGAUCACAGGGGAACACUGGCUCGGCCUGAAGCGGAUUCAUGCUCUGACCAUUCAGGCUAAUUAUGAGCUGAGGAUUGACCUGGAGGACUUUGAGAACAGCACUUCCUUCGCGCAGUAUGGAUCCUUUAGUGUGGGAUUGUUCUCCGUUGACCCAGAUGAGGACGCCUACCCAUUGAGCAUAGCGGACUACUCAGGAACCGCCGGUGACUCAUUGCUCAAACACAAUGGCAUGAAGUUCACUACAAAGGACAAGGACAACGAUCACUCAGAGAACAACUGUGCCUCCUUCUACCAUGGAGCCUGGUGGUACCGGAACUGCCACAUGUCCAACCUGAAUGGACAGUACCUGCGCGGCCAGCACUCGUCCUAUGCAGACGGCAUCGAGUGGUCCUCCUGGACGGGCUGGCAGUACUCUUUAAAAUUCACGGAGAUGAAAAUCAGGCCUACAUGUGAAGAAAAUUAGUGAGCAGGACACAGAAUGGAAAAAAAAGAAGUAGGUGUUAGAGCCACUAACUACAGGAAGAGACAUGUACAAUGAUGUUGUGAUCUCUCUGAAAACUGUCUUGACCAUGAUUCUCAGAGCAAUUAGCCCAGUCUGAACUAUUCCUCACUCUGACAUCUCAAUGGCACUAUAAAGGAAAGAGCACAAUUACUGAGACUUUUAUCAGUAGAGUGGUGAUACUGUGCCCUUGUUCAUCGAGAGGAAUUGCUCACGUUAAACCAGAACAAAAACAACAACGCGAAGGAAUCAUUGCAUCUAUGGAAAUGGUACAGAAAAAAAAAAAAAAAGUCCAUUUUAAUUGGAGGUGUGCUUGAUUGCUCGACUGCUAUGGAGUGGAUUACUAUGAAUGUCCUUAUUAAUGGUUGACGGAGCACAUUGGACUCUUUUGCAGUACGUCCUGCAAAGUCUUUUAGCAGAAUAAUUGGCCUCUAAAUAGUUUAGUGAUCCCCAGAGCUUGGAUUUGUUCACUUUGUAAAUGGACAUCUCCACAUUCUCUUCUCCGUGCAUAAGGGCAGCGGUAGCCUUUUUCCACCAACAGUGUGUCGGUGCUGGUUCAAGAGCUGUGUUUUUAUUUUUAUUUUUUAUUUUAUCACACUUACAGAAUAAAUAGCUAAAUCGGUAACACAUCUUUUUUUUUUAUCACACUUACAGAAUAAAUAACUAAAUCAGUAACACAUCCGCAUCUAGCUCAGCUUAAACAGAAUUGCUGUUAUUGACAGUAUCCUUGUCCUACACAUACUGGAGAUGUUGAAGGAUUUGACUAUGGAUGGCAACACAUUGUACUAUGAUAUA